UGAGUUUCAAGCAUAACAAUCUUUUCCAAUCUCCCAGUACCUUUAGUCUUAAAUUUUUGGCUCUUCAUUCAAAAGGAGUAAACAUGUAAAAUUACCAGUGAUAUGUAAUUUCUGAUUGAAUUCAAAUGAGACUCGGAGAAAGAGGAAACAUGACUGAAAGACUACGAGAAUUUUUUAAGAAAAGAAAAAGGGUUCAGACAAGCUUACAAUAUAUUGCAACUGCUCAUCGAUUAUAGUUGUAAAACAAAUACUAGAAGCUCAACUUAAUGUCUUAAUCCACUAAUUUAUAUUUUGGAUAGAAAAUAUAUAUACACACAUAUAUAUUUCCCGCUCUCCCUUCCACUGUGGACUCGAAUUAGGGGUUUGUGUCAGUUUAUCCACCACCACCACCACCACCACCCCCACAGCCACAUUGUCCUCUCCGACUGCCCAAUUUCUUCAUGUAUAAUUUUCCACUGCCUUGUAUUAAUCCUUCCUUUCAACUACUCUGAAUUGUUAGGUUGGUAUCAGUUUUCGUUUUUUCUUUUCGCUAAUAGAGAUUUAGUUUUAACGAUGAUGUACGGUGAUCAUCAAUUCCAACAACAACAACAACAACCACCACCACAACCGCAGCCUGGCGGUGAGUUCCUCAGGGGACCGCCGCCGCCGCCGCCACCUAUGAUGCGACAGCCUUCCGCCUCUUCAACUACUCUCAAUUCCUCAGAUUUUCACCAUCCACCCGGUCCUGCUCCUCCUCAACCUCCUUAUGAUGUUCAUGGUGAUAAUAUUGGUGCACGAAGAAUGAGAAAACUUACUCAAAGGAGAGCAGUUGAUUAUACAAGUACCGUUGUACGUUAUAUGCAGAUUCGUAUGUGGCAGCGGGAUUCUAGAGAUAGGACGGUAUUGCAACCUACUCCAGCAGCAGCAAUUGAUAUGUUACCAACAGCUGCUUAUUCUGAAAAUCCAUCAACAAGCUUUGCUGCAAAGUUUGUUCAUACUUCUCUUAAUAAGAACCGCUGUUCAAUUAAUCGGGUUUUGUGGACUCCUAACGGGAGACGUCUAAUCACAGGCUCUCAAAGUGGGGAAUUCACUCUUUGGAAUGGACAAUCAUUUAACUUUGAGAUGAUUCUUCAGGCCCAUGAUCAAGCAAUCAGGUCCAUGGUAUGGAGUCAUAAUGAUAACUGGAUGGUCUCUGGCGAUGAUGGUGGCGCAAUUAAGUACUGGCAGAGCAACAUGAAUAAUGUCAAGGCUAAUAAAAAUGCUCAUAAAGAAUCAGUACGUGACUUGAGUUUCUGUCGGACGGACUUGAAAUUCUGUUCUUGCUCCGAUGAUACUACUGUUAAAGUUUGGGACUUUGCUAGAUGUCAAGAAGAGCGAUCACUCACCGGCCAUGGUUGGGAUGUGAAAAGUGUUGACUGGCACCCUACAAAAUCUCUUCUGGUUUCAGGUGGGAAGGACAACCUUGUAAAACUCUGGGAUGCAAAAAGUGAGAGAGAGCUUUGCUCAUUUCAUGGCCACAAAAACACGGUGCUUUGUGUCAAGUGGAAUCAAAAUGGUAACUGGGUGCUAACUGCUUCAAAGGAUCAAAUCAUUAAGCUUUAUGAUAUUAGGGCAAUGAAGGAGCUUGAAUCUUUCCGUGGACAUCGCAAAGAUGUGACUGCCUUGGCUUGGCAUCCGUUCCAUGAAGAGUACUUUGUCAGUGGUAGUUUUGAUGGAUCCAUUUUCCAUUGGCUUGUUGGGCAUGAAACUCCCCAGAUUGAAGUUCCCAAUGCUCAUGAUAAUAGUGUGUGGGAUCUCGCAUGGCAUCCUAUUGGAUAUCUUCUUUGCAGUGGUAGCAAUGAUCAUACAACAAAGUUUUGGUGCAGAAAUAGGCCAGGAGACACUGCUCGUGAGAAAUUUAACAUGGGUCAGAAUCAAGGUUAUGGCGAGCAAAACCCUGCUCUUGCUGGUCGCUUGCCUGGUAAUUUCCCUGUACCUGAACCACCAACAACUCCAGGACCAUUUGCUCCUGGAUUGGCUCGAAAUGAAGGAACCAUUCCUGGUAUUGGAGCUGCAAUGCCACUAUCAAUUCCAUCUCUGGAUGGAACAUCUCAGGGGGAGCAGAAACAACCACUUCCGAUUUCUAUGCCUCUAGGAGCCCCUCCUCUUCCUCCUGGUCCACACCCAUCUCUUCUUACUUCCAAUCAGCAACAGGGAUAUCAACAAAAUCCUCAGCAGAUGCCGCAACAGCAACACCAGGCACUCCCUCAGCAAAUGCCCUCUUUGCCUAUGCCACCUCCAAAUAUGCAGCAGCUACAACCACCAUCACAUUUACCCCUUCUCCCUCAUCCUCAUCUACCUCGCCCUCAACAAAUGCCCCCUCAUGGUAUGCCGGGAACCUUGUCUGGACCUUCAUCAAUACCUGCAUCACAUGCAGUGCCAAUGGCUGGUCCAAUGGGGAUGCAAGGUACAAUGAAUCAGAUGGUCCCUCCAAUGCCACAAGGCCAUUUUAUGGGCAUGAACCAAAUGCACUCAGGGUCAUUACCCACAAGUGCUGCCCCUCCAGUUGGGGGUUUUCCUAAUGGCCUACCCAAUAUGCAAGGCCCAUCAAAUGCAACAGGCGCGCCGAUGUAUCCACAAGGCGGUCCAUUCAACCGGCCACAAGGUGGACAAAUGCCAAUGAUGCCAGGGUUUAAUCCCUACCAGUCUGGGAGUCAAUCUGGUAUGCCAUUAUCAUUGCCACCAGGCCCUCCGCCACAUUCUCAAACACCUCAAUAGACCAUUUUUAUUCGAAUGGAGUGACAGUAGCUUUGGGAUGGAAGGAAAGCACAACUUGCACUGGCUUACUGGGGUUCAUGCUGAUGUAUUUCAUGCUUAAUACCGUUAGGAUAUUCUUUUUGUAGUCCCUGUAUAUUUUUUAGCCAGUAGCUUACUUUCUGAUAUUUAAGAAGAUAGAGCAUUAGUUGCAAUCCUUUUCUUUUUCUCUCUGGAA